AACAAGAGCAAACUAGGACAUUGGCUUCUUCAAUAUUGUAGCAUCUAAUUAUGGAUAUUACAAAUACAUCGUCCAGUGGAUACUCACUGGUUGAGUCAAAUAUGUCGGAUUCUACGUCAACAAUGACGUUGACAAACGUCACAACGGAGUGCACAACCGUGAUUUCUCCUAUGAAAGACGAUAUUGAUUUUAUUGAUAAAACACUUACACCUAUCAUUUAUGCAUUCGGAUUUCCGGGAAAUAUUUUAUCAUUUCUUAUUUGGAUACGUCCGCGCAUGCGCCAUUCUUCUGGUGUUUAUUUAGCCGCUCUUGCGUUAGUGGAUUUCAUAUUUCUAUUGCUACAUGUGCUUUUUGAACUUGAAAAAAUAUGGGAAGUCAAAACCAUAAAUAUGCCUGUCUUAUGUGAAAUAUUUCCUAUAAUAUUUCUAACGUUUCAGUAUUUGGCACCAUUGCUGGUGUUAGCGUUUACAAUUGAAAGAUAUAUAUCAAUUUGCCAUCCAUUUAAACGCGAGAGAUUUUGUACGACACGCAAUGCUGAAAUCGUUGCUGUUAUAUUGGCCGGAGUUUCUCUUGCAAUAUGUGCUAUACAAGGAUAUUUCUGGAAAUACGAAAACGGAGAGUGCGACGUCCGUAUAGAUGCACUUAACGGACAAAAUUAUUCUUUAUGGACCAUUUGGUCGUGGACAACAGAGCUGUUACUCUUCUUGGUUGUUCCUCUGAGUGUCUUAACAUUUAACAUUCUAGUUAUUAAAGAAGCAAAACGACUAUCCAACUACGAACACACGCAGUUGCAUGGGCGUGCCCAAAAGACUUCAGCUACAACUAUUAUGCUUUUAGCCGUGUCAUUUUAUUUGAUUUUCACCACACUGCCGGUAAGUGUUAUGUAUGUGUCAGUAGUGAACUUUGGCGAAGGGCCACUCUGCGGUGUUCAGGACGAAAAUCCAACAUGGAGAAAAUAUUACAUUUAUCACCUGGUCAGAACCGUUGUUGAUGAGAUAGGAAUAACUCAUUUUGGGCUAAACUUUUAUAUUUAUCUCAUAACUGGCAAAAUGUUUAGAAACGAAUUUAAGAAAAUGUUUUUGGGUUUUCUGCAUAGAACUGUUCCCGAAAAGAUUCGGACUGAAUAUACUUCUAUGGCAAGAACAAGUCUGCGUGGAAGCCUUAAGAAAAACACGACUGUAAGAAUCAACUCAAAUGGAACGACAGGGAUGUCAAUGGACAAUGGCGUAAGAGGGAGUGAAACAAACUUGUGAUCUAAGAACGGAAAACCCCUUUAAUGUGUAAAUGUAUGAAUGAAAGCGAUUUAUAUGGAAACAUGAAUCAGAAUCGCUGAUUCUUGGAUGUUAAUGCGUAUGUGUGAAUAUCGUUUUUGUGACAAUCACUUUUAAUAAGGACAUGCAUAAUGAUUUUUGCACGUUUAUAUAUUAACCGUAAUGCAAUUCUUUUCGUUGAAUGCCAUUCAAAACAAUUUCGUACGAAGCAGUUUGUAUUUUUCUUACUGUUACAUUUCAAUAGACAUGUCAUGUAAACGUUAAGUAGUACUAGAAAUAUACUCCCAAUGUUAGAAAUAAUAUUCUGCCUUUAGAAAGAAAAAGAAAAUGAAGUUAAAGAUAGUAAUGUAAACAAAUUGUUUGUUGUUAAUUGCCAUGCCUUAUUGUUGUUUAAAGUUUUGUAAAUCAGUAGAUUAUUAAUAUGUGCGAAAGAAAUGUCCCGUAUAAAUUUGAUUUCUUUUAAAUCAUGUUGUUUUUUGUGGCAUAUACGUAGGGAAGUCAGAAAAUAUCCGGACUUUUGACUCGUUCUCGAAAACCAUUCAAAAUUUUCACUUUUUCAAAAUAUUCUCCACCUAAGUCUACGCAUUUUUGCUAUCUUAGUGGAAGCUUUUGUAUUCACGCUGUGAACCAUGACGUAGACAUAUAAUUAAGGUACUGUUUAACAACAGAUAUGAAAGCCGCCCUGGUCUUAUAUUUCCUUCCAGUAAGCAAUUUUUUCAGAUCUGGAAACAAAUAAAAGUCACAGGGGGCGAGGUCUGGGCUAUAAGGAGGGUGAGACUACAAUUGCAUUUGUCAGAGUUGAUAACCUCCACUGUAGCUGUAGCUGUGGGAGGGGGCGUUAUCGUGAAGAAGGAGGACAUUUUUCUGUGCUAACCUGGGACGCAUUUGCUUCAGCUUUUCUCUGAGAUUUUUCAGUACUUGGCAGUGACAGUUUGACCUUUUGGCAUGAAAUGAGUAAGAAUCAUUCCUCGUGAAUCCCAAAAGGCAGCAAGCAUGACUUUUCCAGCCGAAGGAGACAGCUUAAACUUUUUUAAGAUGUGGGGAACCAGCUCGUUUCCACUGCUUUGACAGAUCUUUUAUCUCAGGUUAGGAAUAAUGAACCCACAUCUCAUCUCCAGUGGUAAUGCUGUUCAAAAACUUAUCUCCUUCACGAUUAAAACGACUUACGAUGUUCUUUUGCAUUGGUUACUUUGGUUGCCUUUUGAUCUGCGGACAGCUGUUUAGGCACCCACCAGACACUUACCUUGCUCAUGCCUAUGUGUUCGUGUAAAAUCUUGUGUGCCGAUGCCUUACCGAUACUAAACUUGUUGGUUAUCUCCUACAAAGUUACUCGACGAUUUUUGUUGACAAAAGCUUUAACAUUUGCUACCAUUGUUGGAGUCACCGCCUCAGCUGACCGCCCAGUCCUAGGCCUGUCACAAACACUUGUUCUGCCUUUACGAAACUGAGAUACCCAGUUGUAGAAGGUUGAACGUGAUACACAUUUAUCAGAAAAUCUUUUUUUAAGCCUCUGAAAGAUGUGGCAGGGCUUUUCACCUUCUGCAACCAGAAACUUUAUUGCAGAGCGUUGUUCCUCUAACAUAGAGCCCAUGAUAGACGAAACACCUUUCAUAUAUCUGAGGGCAAAAUACUUUGUAUACACAAAUAUCAUUUAAAAUAAACUAACCAAGUUAUUGACGAAUGAAUGUAGUUUUCACCAAUAUAUAAUGUAUGCAUAUAGCUGCACGUGGAAAGAGAAGAGCAUGAAAAGUCCGGAUAUUUUCUGACCGUCCCUCGUAUAAUACAAUCAUUUUCAGCUUCGCCAAUUUCUCUAAAUAACUUGGAAUGGUUUCUGUUUUUUCUGAUUGACAGAUAGUUUCGAAUUAAGAUUUAAAAUUGGAAGUCAAAACGGGUUGAAAAUGUAUCAGAUUUAUAAUGUAUAAGAGUAAAAUACAUUAUAAACAAUUUUAUAACUAUAAAUGAUGUUGACGUCAUGAUCUUCAAUCUGUAUCAGAAUAAGGAUAUCUACGGAAUUAUGUUAUCAUUUUAGUGAAAAAUAUCUUUUAGGUUAAAAAAAACUGUUGUUUUUUAUAUUCGUGUUUCAUUGCAACAUUGCUUGGAAUAAAGAUAAAGUUU